AUGGAAUGUAAACGCUAUAGUAAAACACAUCGAGGGAUUGAUGAUAUGGAAUUACAGCUUGACCUAUAUGUUCAAGACUAUUUUUCAGAGUUUGGUAAAUCAGAGGGGCGAACCGUUGUAUUUGGCGCAGUUGCGUUUGGAACCAAGAUUCGAGCUUGGCGUUUCACUUGCGAAACUCCUACAUCAUUCAUUUCGAUUCCUUUGAUGGAUGGCAAGACAGGGAUAGCGGAUCUUCAAUCCUACAGAGACCCUUACAUUCCUGCAGAAGCUAAUCAGAUCCGAGAAUUCCUUAAGCUGGUGAUAACACCUGAGCUUAAUUCAACUUCACAGAUGGCAUACCCCACCGGAUCAUCCUCAUCGACUACAAACACCAACAUGCCUCAUUCAACCGAAGGGUUGUAA